UGCAGCGUCACAGCGCCCCUGCUGGUCAGUACCGACACAAACAAGCAAACGAACAAAGACAGAAGAACAUUGCUUUGACAUGUGUAAUUAAUGUGUUGGUGUUGCAGGGACCGUUGGAGCGUUCACCCUCUCACUAGUAUGUGAGGCGGAAGGUGCCGCGCGACGUCUCUCCGCCGGCGUCGCUGACUUCCCUGCUGCAGUUCUUCCAAGGCGGCGAUGGCUGCCAUGGACUCCAGCCGCUUCAUUCUCUGCAGCCCAGCAGGGGGCGCGAGCUCCUGAUCAUCCUCCACCCUCUUGACCCGGAGCAGGGCAGGGGCUUCGCUCGGGCCGGCGGGAGACUGGUCCUCUAGAGAACGCCGCUGCCUCCGGUGGCCAACGCUGGCAACUGCCUCAGACAGGUCCCGCCUCCUGCGAUUGGACAGUGCCAACGUGACCUCUUCUGGACUGGACAGUAUCUUAGCAACCAGGCGUCUGCGGAGGACAACACAUUUGCCAUCAGCUGGGUCGGUUCUGACUGGAUCGGGUCUGGGAGCGGGCACCACCUCAGAACCUCCUCCUCCUCCUGCUGGUCCGCUCCAGAAAGGUCUCGCCGGUCCUCUCCAGCCAUCUGCAGCCUCUGAGACUCCACCCUGUGGGACACACUGGUCACUGACUGGACUUACCGGUCCCAGGUCUGAGGCUCACUCACCUGCCCAGCUGAGAUGGGUCCACCCUGGAUUCCAGCAGCUCCCGCACCUGUCGUGGGUCCAUCCACCCCCACCAGGCUGGGACAGGCCUCUCCAUCCUUCGCACCCGACCCGUCUCAUCAUAGUCCGAGUAGACAGCGGCCUUGAAGUCCCCUGCAGGUCCCUGGUCCUCCUCCUCCUCCUCCACCACGUCGACCACCCCCGCCCUCUGGGCUCGGUCCAGGAGGCGGAGUAGGGCUGCGAGAUAUGCUGACCACAGACAGACGGACCCCCCGGGUCAGCCAUUCAUCACAGCAGGAGAUGGUGGACAGGACUCACCGCUCUGCUCCUCUUCCAGACUCCGCCUCCGGUCUUUUUCCAGCAGCCUGAGCAAGGCCUGCUCCAGGCCACGCUCCCUCCAGCCGUCGGCGUCGUAGUAGAGGUCAGUAGGCCCGCCUUCAUCCAGCAGCGCCGGAUAUGACAUCAUCCGGUUUUCGUAGGGCAGCAGUUGAUGAGGGUCCCUGAGCUGGUGUCUGGUCCCGCCCACUGAGAUGUCCAGGCCACUCCCACCACCUCGAGCUGCAGGUAGAGACUGACAAGGAAGACUGUCUGUUCCAGCUGAGCCUGAUGACGUCACCAUUCACUUUUUGCCUCUAAAUCGGAUCAGAAACAUCAGCAGCCUGUUGCCACGGUGACCGCCUGUGUCACCAUGGUGACCAGCCGGCGGCCGAGGCAUCAGGUUUACUGCGUCACCAGCCAGGCACACAAAAGUGCUGUAAACACAAGCUCACGCACACACACCAGCAGAUCACGACACACACACACCGAUGGUGAGAAUGAAACGCCAAUCAUCUGGCUACAUCGACGACAUGAUGAAGACAAUGGAGGUGUGGACAGACCUGAGCGACGCGGAUCACAGCAGUGCUGAAGAGCAGGACGCAGAGAGACGCCAUCGUGCUGCACCCCCUCUCCCAAUCUGAUGUGAUGAUGAGAUGAGGAGGCAGGGAGGGGGAGGAAGUGGGAGGAGAGAGUUGUGUAACCCUCUGUGUGUGUGUGUGUGUGUGUGUGUGUGACAGCAGAACGAUUCAGUGUUGAUGAAGAGGUGAGCAUUUGUUUGGUUUUUCUCCAUCCAUCCAUCUUCCACUGCUGAGUUGCAGGGGCAGCAGCUGAAGCAAAGAGGCCCACACUCCAUGUCGUAAAAAAACACUUCACUGGUGUCAACACUUUAUUCCUCAUUGAUAUUUACAAAGUGAAGCGGGUCGGGAAGUUUUUCCACUGAAAAGGGGCGUGUCCCUUUUGCUACUGCGCCGGAGCGGAGUUGAAAAUUUUGGCAAGCAGCGAGACAUUUGAUCGGCUCUGCUGCUGCAUGUGGCGGGUCUUGUCCUCCUGCUUCUUCCUUUUCUUCUUGGACUGGAUCUCCUCUUCUGUCUGGCGCUGAGUGAAGUCCCACGACUUUCCUUCCCCCUGCUGAGGAGAAAGAAGCGUGAGUGAGGACGGCUGCUGCGGCCGCAGGGGCGGGGGCGGGGCCUCACCUGUGGUCCGUCUCGCCGCCUCUUCCGCUCCAGGUGGGCGCUCUUGUCCACGUUUUCCAGGUAGAAGUUGGUCUCCCUCUUGGCCUGAGAGAUUUCAGUUCUGAGUCGCUGCUGCAGAACCGAACGUUCGUAGGAGAGACGCUCGCUGAGGUCUGAGGCGAUCCACUGCCGCUUCCUGGUGGCCAUGGGCGUGUUGUGCAGCGAAGCAGCCACUCGCUUAGCCACGCGCUUGUCCCGGAACUCCACCCAGCCCUCGGUGAAGUCACACCUUCUCAGACCAGACUUCUUCUUCCUCGCUCUCACCUGGCGGUCUGAGAGCACACGCGGCACAUGAGAUUCACACCGAGUCGACGACCUUCCAGCCAGGUAAUACGUCACCUUCAGGCUGCAGGAAGAUGCGUCCGAUUUCCCCGUAAACUGACAACAUGUUCCUCACAUGUUUGGGCCGGAGCCGUGGAGGAACGUGGCCCAGGUAUAUGAUCCCAGGAACACACUUCCUGUCCGAAGCCGUGCCCUUCACCUUACUGAUCCGUUUGACAUCACCAUCAUCCUCCCCAACUUCUUCAUCACUGUCCUUCAAAUCUGCAGCCCCACAUCCUUCAUGUGCUUCAUCUUCAUCACUCUGCUUUUCCUCCUCUUCAUCCAGCUCGUCUUCUUCCAGUUUUUCCUCACUGGAGGUCAUCGCCUUCUCUUCUGAAUUCAUUGUCUCCAUCAAUCGACACUGCAAACAGUUUAUCUAACAUCAUUAAGUAAGUAAGUAAGUAAGGUGGUUGCGCUUACGGUCCUACGUGAACACAGUCAGCGCGGUAUUAAGAUCGGAAGGUCAUUAAACCAGAUCUGAACCCCGACAACAACAAAAGGCAACCUUUCGUGUGACGUUCAGCACAUCUAGACUUGCCUUCACACCAACUCUCAACCAAUUUUAGGUUGCCAAUCGUUGAGUCGUCACAGUAGCUGAACACGAAUACAACUCAAGUUCAGCAACGAAACACAUUCGGCAGAUUAAUAAAGUAGAAACAUACCUUUUAGAGCGCUUAAAAACACUCCUGUUUUCUCACGUGUUACAACAUGAUGGAUUUCCGGGAGUACGCACACAACUUCCGGUUAGUUUUCAGAAUAUAACUCCAUCUUACGUUAUUGAUGCAACAUAGAUGUAUUUGACUGGAAAAAAAAUGAUGUUCAUAUUGAUUUAUUGUUUGAUAUUAAAUGUGUCUGGAUUUUCUUGGAAAAGCAGGUUUGGAGCGAAAACGUGUUUAUCAAAAGGGUUUAUUUCGAAAAUCAAAACCGGAAUGUGUCAUCGAAGGGCAUGGUGGGAGUUUUGCGGGAUUUUACUGAGAGCAGCUGUGGGCAUGGAGAGGUCCGUGUCCAGUCUCCCUCUCAGUCUGUCGGUCAGAACCAAACUAGUCCAGGCCGGCUUCAGGUCCACCUCAGAUCUCCUCGCCGUCAAGCAGCUGCAGCUCAGUCGGGAGGCCGGCCUGUCCCAGGAGGAGGCGACAGACGUCCAGCAAACUGUGAGAUGGGCGGAAGAAGGGAGAGAAGAAGCGGCCGGUGUGAGCGCUCUGGAGCUGCUGCAGAAGGAGGAGGAGCUGAGGAGCAUCGUCACCUUCUGCUCAGAGCUGGACUGUGCUCUGGGUGGAGGGAUUCCUGUUGGGAAGACCACUGAGAUCUGUGGAGUUCCAGGAGUGGGGAAGACCCAGCUGUGUCUGCAGCUGGCCGUGGACGCUCAGGUGCCCGAGUGUUUCGGAGGUGUGGCCGGUCAGGUGGUGUUCGUGGACACCGAAGGGAGCUUUGUGAUCCAGAGACUGAAGGAUCUGGCUGCCGCCGCUGUCCGUCACUGUUCACUGCUGGUGGAAAACAGCGAGCAGGAGGCUGCCAUGGCCACGUUCACCGUGGAGCACAUCCUGGCCAACGUCUUCAUUGUGCGUUGCCAUGACUACGUGGAGCUGAUCGCAGAGUCCCUUCUGCUUCCGGAGUUCCUGUCUCGGCACCCAAGGGUCCGUCUUCUCGUGAUUGACAGCGUGGCCUUCCCUUUCCGUCAGCACUUUGAGGACUUGUCACAGAGGUACCGCCUUCUCAACGGCCUCGCGCAACGGCUCCUGGCCGUGGCGGUGCGACACAACGUAGCCGUGGUGUUGACCAACCAGAUGACCACUCAGGUGCAGCCAGGCCAGUCUCAGCUGGUCCCAGCCCUGGGGGAGGUCUGGGCUCACGCCCCCACACUCAGGGUCAUUUUCCAAUGGGACGGGUCGCAGCGCGUGGCGCGGAUCUUUAAAUCUCCCGGGCACAUGGACGCUCACGCCCGGUAUCAGAUCACCUCUGACGGGUUCAGAGACGUGGAUUCAUCCCAGCAGCCGGCCAAACGGCAAAGAACUGACGUGGAUCCGACCGCGGCUCAGCAGCACCAGCACAGAACAGAAUAAAACAUUUCCUAUUUUCCUCACGUCUGCGUCCACGGUGGCAGUUUGACACGACUGGUGUAGUUUUCAAGCGUUUAUUAGUUAAAUAUUACAAACAUGUUAAUGUACAUUUGAAUCUUUCGUCUCAUGAGACGACUGAAGGCAUCGAGGCAUCACAUGAUAUCACACGUAACCAUGGCAACCACAUCCACACGCUGGUGACUGUUGGGUCAUUGAACAACUGUGGGGGUGGGAGGGGCCAAUGUGAUGCACCUGAAUGCAUCAUUACAGGUGGCGCCCAAGAGAGAAACUUCAGGAUUUUAAAGAAUUAAGAACAGAUGGACUUGGAGAGGAUAUCUACUUCUUCACUCACUCACACACGCACAGGAGUGUUGCCAAGUGUUUCCGACCGUCAACCCUUAUAUAGUGAGAAGAAAACACCAACAAGCUUCACCUAAAUCACACGGUAGCUCAGUGGAGAAGGUGGGCGUGAUGAGCGAAAACCCGGCAAGCAGCAAGUGAGUCUGUGAGGCUCCAGAUCAAAGUGAAUCUGAGGAUGGUACGGCUCACGUUUUGUCUCCCCUUUUCACCCCCCACUUUACCACUCACUAUUUUACACUUUAAUACACGAAUGAGGAGCGAUACUGCAGCAGCAAGGCGCUUCUGUUGCUCUAAAGGUCUAAACUACAAGCUGAUCACCGUGACAUCAUCAAGUAUGAAGGCUUAAACAGUUUGGCUUGUGUCAAGAAAGAAAGAAAGAAAAAGGAUGGACACAUCUCCGUCGUCCAGACCUCAGCGAGGUCGCCGCCAUUUAAAGCUCCGUCAGAUCCCAGACACAGAUGAGAUGAGGUGAUUCUUUUACUCUGCAUAGUUCAAUUGACCGAAGCUUCUAGACGAGUAAAGCCCUUAAACAAGUCCCCGCGCUGAUGCCCCGCCCUCCGAGGGAUGGUUGGCACAGUGACACCAACUCGCCGGUGAAACACCGAGCUGAUGAACUCGUAGGGAAAAAGCACGACAUCGCCGACAGAGUCGCGCCCUGGUGUGGGGCCGCGGCUCUGCCGGCGGGUGACUCGGUCAGACAAGAUGGCAGCAGGUCAGUCUGUCAGUGAGACGCAGUGAAGGCCGAAGCAAAUACAACUUAACCGUUAAACAAGAGCUUCAGUCUGAGGCGAGGUGAGCUGUGAGGAGGGGGUGGAGCCGUGAGCAGAGCGGCGUCGCAGAGGUCACUUGGUCUUCUGGGCCCAGCGCAGGUCGUCGGCCCGCGGCUUCUCCCCCGUCACGCUCUGGAUCAGGUCCUCCAGAUUCUUCCAGAAGCCCAGUCGCUCCAGCGGGUAGUUCAACCAGCCUGGGGAAGGCGACAGGCGUCAGUGCAGACUGACCUCCACCUCAGCUCACGUGACUCCACUUGCACUUUCACACGGUCAGCGAAACCUCUGAACAGACAACCCCACCUACUUCCUGCUGACGGCAACUUCAUUUCUGGUCAGAGAACAUCCCCCCCUUCCCCUCCCCUCCUCCCUCAAGCCACCACUUCCUUCUGUGCUCCUCAAACUGUACCGACCUGUGGUAAUGCAGAAGUAGGUCUCAUGCGGCGACACGUGGUGGAUCCGGUGAUGCUUGCGGGGCAGGAUGAUGUGGCAGUUCUGCAGGAAGACCACCCAGCCAGGCAGGCCCCAGUAGGUGUGAGACCACUUGUGUAUCUGGUUGGUCAGGGUCACGAAGAUGGCCAGAGCAAACAGGAAGCAGUACCAGGGGAAGAGACGGUACACCUCGGCUUUGAGACACAGAGGACAAGCGUCAGCAACAGUGGCACUGGUGUGAGGUGCCGGUGCAGGAAACCCACCAGGGGAGAGGCUCAUGAAGUUGUACGCCAUGUUGGCGAGGGGGAUGAUGGUCAGCAUGCAGUUGUCUCCGUUGGUCUCGAUGAAGUCGUGGCGUGUGAUGGCGGUCGGGUCGAUGUGGUGCUCUCGGAAUGGACGGAUGAAGGCCUGCAAGCCCAGGAUUUCAUUUCAGACACGUUCAGGACCAAGAAGAGAGAUGAGGCUCCCACCUUUCCCACGAUGGGGAGGUCCACGGACCCCCAGGUGUCGGCACCCCAGUGGACCAGUCCAGAGGCGAAAUCGGCCGUGAGGAUUCCCGCCACUGAAGCAGAGAAAAGUUUAGUGCAUGGCGGCGGGCGACCUUCGUGGCAGAGCCGUCCAGACUCACCGAUUCCGAUCACCACGCUCCAAAAGUGUCCAAAGUGGAAGUUGGCAAGAAGGUGAAAGAAGUUAAAGGCCAUGAGAGAGAAGCAGAGGAGCACGCUGAUCCACUCCUGCAGCCGCUUCCCUGCAACACCAACACUGAGUUUCACACCGCGGCAACAGCACACGUGGCAACUCAGGCACUACCCAAGACAUUUUUCAAAAGUAUCAUAUUCAAGCCGCAUCAGCAGAGUUCAGUACCUUCCGACGUUUAUGUUGUGAAUGUAUUUGGAAAUCAUGGAUCAUCAAGCAAGAUAUAUUUGAUGUAUAUAAUAUAAGGUGAGAGUUACCAUCCAAGCGUAGACGAUAGUCCAAACAAGACUUUGAUGGUUUACACCUGAAUAAUGUGCAGCUCAUACACAUGUGGUGAACUCCUUUAAUAGUCCGGUAUGGUUGACGGUGUUGACACAAACUCCAUGUUUGAAGAAUGAAUCCAGUGAGCAUACAACAGGUACAAUAACCGGAUUGUUAUAUAUAUAUAUAUUAUAUUUUUCAAAAACAACUUUCCUGACGGGUCAAGUCUGAACGCUCGGGUGAGAAGAGGUGACAGAGCCGCAUGUGUUCCCUGAUCUAAAGCUGUCGCGUCUAUUUCUUCUGUCCUUGUGUCUCUUGGCUUGGCGGCCCUCACAAGAGCCACAGUUGAGAAUGGCCCCCUCAGUAUCUACACCACUGAGAGCCACAACUAUUCGACCUGGGGAGCUUCUGCAGCAGCUCGUCUGCAGUUUGACUUUGUGCUUGUUCUUCUCCAAAUAUGGAACCGGCCAAUCGGGUGGCAGCAGCUGGAAGAAAGUGUGACAGACUUGGGAUCAGCUGCUGCAGGAGCAGCAGCAGGGGAAUAUUCUCUUCCGCGACGGUUGGGAGUCUCAGACCAGGAAUCAGUUCAGACUGGUUUCCAGCAACAGAAGCCUUCGCAGCCACGUGACCGAGCCCACCUCAGGCCGCGCUGUCAAUAAAUAUGCAUCAAUUUAGUGGCUGUGAGGUGUCAUUAGAGCGAGGCGCGUGUCCGCGUGAUCGAGGGCGUCUAACUGCCGCUAACGAGUGCGGUCGGUGUCAGCACUUGCUUUUAUCGCAGAUGGAUGUUGUGUAAUUGAGUGUGCGUGUCGGUGGUUAUCGGUCCGAGAGGCAGAUUAUGGUGCGGCUGCUGUCACGUAACCACCUCAGGUUAGUUAGCAUCAGCGGCUAGUGCCGCGCCAGCAGCUGCUGCCGGGGCUCGAGCCCCGCAGCUGGAGCUCCUUCGGAAGGCGCGACACCCGCAGCGAGUGGGGA